CGUAAAUAUCAUUCUUUUCUUAAUGAUUAAAUCUUAUUGUCUAAAGAUUGUCUCUUGUUGUUAUCGAGUUAAUUGUUUAAAAUUAGAACCUUGUAAUUUCUUAGUGUUAAUUAGAUCAACAAUUUCCACCACAAUGGCGUUAAAACGUAAACGUGAAGAAUCGGAGACAAAGAGUAAACCAAAUGCUCCUUCAACCAAUGGUUCUGUUGACUAUAAUCCUGGUAAGAGUAAUUAUGAUGCAAUUAAAGAUGCUUCUUGGAAGGAUGGAGAUAAAACGCCAUUCAUUUAUUUUACACUUACAUUGAAGGCGAUAGAAGAAGUGUCAUCACGUCUUAAAAUGAUCGAGAUACUUGCCAAUUACCUGUGGUCAGUGAAGGAGAAAAGUCCAGAGGAUUUGCUUCCUUCAAUCUAUUUGUGUCUCAAUAAAUUGGGUCCUGCAUAUGAAGGCCUUGAACUGGGAAUCGGUGAGACAAUUAUCAUGAAAGCUUUAGCAAAUGCUACCGGACGUAAGGUGGAUCACAUUAAAGCUGAUAUCAAAAAGAAAGGGGAUCUUGGUUUGGUUGCUGAGGAUAGUCGGACUACUCAGAGCUUAUUGUUCCGACCACCAAGAUUGACCGUUCAAGGAGUUUUCAAAAGUUUCCGGGAAAUUGCUCUGUUUUCAGGACAAAGUUCAGGUCAAAAAAAGACCGAUAAAAUUCAAUCGUUGAUUGUCGCUUGUAGAGACUGUGAAGCUCGUUAUUUAGUCCGUUCUUUAGCCGGUAAACUGCGAAUUGGAUUAGCAGAGCAAUCGUUAUUAUCAGCCUUAGCCCAGAGUAUUGUUUUGGGCGAAGGUAAAUCAAAAAGAGGAAGUGAUUCAUUCAAAUCGCGGGUGGACACAGUUACUCAAAUUUUGAAAACAGUUUACUGUCGAUGUCCAAAUUAUCAACAAAUUAUCAACGUUCUACUUGAACAUGGAUGGGAAUCAUUAGACGAAAAGUGUCAAUUGAUUCCUGGUGUUCCAUUGAAACCAAUGUUAGCUCAUCCGACGAAAGGUGUUGAUGAAGUUCUUCGUCGAUUUAAUCAAGCUAAAUUUACCUGUGAAUUUAAAUAUGACGGAGAAAGAGCUCAAAUUCAUUUGAUGGAAAAUGGUGAAAUCAGAAUUUUCAGUCGAAAUCAAGAAGACAAUACAUCCAAGUAUCCAGAUAUUAUUUCGAGGAUGAAAGAUGUCAUCAAGCCGGAUGUCAAAAGUUUCAUCAUCGAUUCGGAAGCAGUUGCAUGGGAUUCACAUGAUAAACAGAUUCUCCCAUUCCAAGUGUUAAGUACAAGGAAAAGGAAAGAUGCUUCUGAAGAUGAAAUUAAAGUGCAUGUUUGUAUUUUCGCUUUCGAUUUGUUAUAUUUAAAUGGAAAAUCUUUCGUCACCGAAAGUCUUAGUGAACGACGUAAACAUCUUCGCGAAAGUUUCAAAGAUAUCGAAGGGAAAUUCAUGAUGGCCGUUUCUCGAGACGUCGAAACAACCGAUGAGAUUCAAGAAUUUUUGGAUGAAUCAAUUAAAGCCAAAUGUGAAGGACUAAUGGUCAAGACUUUAGAUGUGGAUGCGACUUAUGAAAUAGCAAAAAGAUCUCGUAGUUGGCUCAAGAUCAAAAAAGAUUACCUUGAAGGUGUUGGUGAUACACUUGAUCUCGUAGUAAUUGGAGCUUAUAUUGGAAAAGGUAAAAGGACCGGUAGAUAUGGAGGUUAUUUAUUAGCUUGUUAUGAUGAUGAAAAAGAGGAAUUCCAAUCAAUCUGUAAACUUGGAACUGGAUUUAAAGAUGAAGAUCUUGAGAAUCAAUAUGAAGCAUUCAAAGAAUUGGUUAUUGAAAGACCAAAAUCUUAUUAUAAUUAUGAUCAGACAAUCAAACCUGAUGUUUGGUUUGAUGCUGUUCAAGUUUGGGAAGUCAAAUGUGCAGAUUUAUCGAUAUCUCCAGUUCAUCGAGCAGCUUUUGGUUCUUUGGAAUCUGAAAAAGGAAUUUCUCUUCGAUUUCCUCGUUUUAUCCGAAUUCGAGAGGACAAAAAAUCUGAAGAAGCGACUUCGGCAAUGCAAGUCGUCGAUAUGUACAACAAUCAAGAACAAAUUAAAACUCAAACCAAAGGUAACGAUAGCGAUGAAGAAAUGGAUGUUGAAUGAACAAUUCAGCCAAUCAACUUAAUGGUUUAUUGUUUUUUUUUCUUUUAAUAAAUUGAUCAACCGAUCCAAUCACAAGAUUUUCAUACAUUAACAA